GAUUGUAAGUCAUUUUGAUUUUUAAAUAAAUUGGUUUCCCCAAGGUGGCUUGGCACCUUACCUUACUCCACUGGCCAGCCUGUCCUUGUGCUCUAAUUGACGUCGUCAGUUGUUCAAAUACACCCGAUUAACGAUGGCUAGUCCGGAUCCUACUCAAUAUUCUACGAUCGUCAUGACAUCAUAUUCGUACCUCUUACAGGGAUAGUCUGUAGUCCCAGUCUUAGGCCAGGUCCGCCACUGGACCUGGUAUUUAAGCAGAAUACACAACAAACAGUUCUGUACCUCACCCGUUACACCGUUAACACUCCCACUUUGUCUUUAUCAUCUAGGUUAUCUAGUUUGUAAUAUGUCGACGCAACCGAAAAAGUCUAAGUGGUCAUCCGAAUCCCUUUUCAAAGACUUGAGGAUGGACUCUAAAGCAGCCGCGGUGGAGUUUAUUGGCACGACGUAUUUCCUUGUUCUUGGUCUAGGCGGUAUUCAAGCAGCUACGGGGGAAGCAUUUGCGAGCGGUUCGGUGAUUGAGCACGUCCUUUACAUAUCGACAUGUAUGGGCCUGAGCCUUUUGGUGUCGGCAUGGUUAUUCUAUCGGGUCACAGGCGGUCUAUUCAAUCCCAAUAUUAGUCUCGCACUCGUCCUUGUUGGUGUUAUUGGGCCCGUGCGAUUCGUCUUGUUCUGUAUAGCGCAAUUGUUAGGGGGGAUUGCGGCUGCUGCUUUAGUGUUCGCACUUACUCCUGGGCCACUGGCUUCAAACACUUUCCUUCAAACAGGAAUCAACUCAGCUCAAGGCGUUUUUAUCGAGAUGUUCAUCACCUCCGCUCUGGUGCUUUCCGUGCUCAUGCUGGCCGCUGAAAAGCAUACGGCUACCCCUUUUGCCCCUGUCGGAAUAGGGCUCACUCUUUUUGCCUGUCACCUGUGGGCCGUCUUCUACACAGGUGCUGGUAUGAACACCGCACGUUCUUUUGGUCCUGCUGUAAUAUCUGGAUUCGGAUAUCCCCAACAUUGGGUGUACUGGGUGGGUCCUUUCCUGGGUUCUCUCCUGGGUUCCGCAUUCUACACAAUCCUCAAAGUUAUUAACUACCGUGAACUGAACCCAGCACAAGCUUCUGUGAGGCCUGAAGACUCACCUCCAGUUCCAAUCGCUGUCGAGGACGAUGACGUGCAAGCAAAAGAAGUAAAGGCUACCACCAAAUCUCCGAAGGAUCACCAAGGAAAUGCAGGAGCAGAAGGCCAAGGAAAACCGGGAAUCGCAGUUUGAGAAGUCAUAAGUGAUAUCUUGACCGAGCAACCUCAAAAGAUUUACUAGUUACCGAUGACAUCCACAUGUAUCUAUGAUAUAUAGGUGUUAUAGUAACUUUUCCGUCAGUCUCGCUGACGGAAUUGAUUCCACGGUUCGGUCAAUUUAUAAAAUCCAGAACCAUUUUCUUGA